AUGGGACGUGUUAUUAGAAGUCAGAGGAAGGGUAGAGGAUCGGUAUUCCGCGCCCAUACCCAUAAGAGACAGGGCCAAGUUAAGCUUCGUCGCCUCGACUACGCUGAGACUCACGGAUACAUCAGGGGUGUCGUCAAGGACAUCAUCCACGACCCGGGCAGGGGUGCGCCGCUCGCCAAGGUGGUGUUCAGGAACGCCUACAAGUACGGCCUCGACAGGGAGCUGUUCGUCGCAGUCGAGGGACUCUACACCGGCCAGUUUGUAUACUUUGGAAGCAACGCUGCACUCUCCAUCGGAAACUGCCUCCCAGUCGGUAAAAUGCCAGAGGGAACAGUCGUGAGCUGCUUGGAGGAGAAGAAGGGCGACAGAGGAAGGGUGGCAAAGACCUCAGGAAGCUACGCCACAGUUAUCAGUCACUCUGACGACGGGAAAACCACGAGGGUCAGGUUGCCCUCAGGAACAAGGAAGACAGUAAGCUCUGCUUCCAGAGGCUUGGUCGGCGUCGUCGCAGGCGGCGGAAGGAUCGAAAAGCCACUCCUGAAGGCCGGCGUAUCGUACCACAAGUACAAGGCUAAGAGGAACUGCUGGCCCAAGGUGAGGGGUGUUGCGAUGAACCCGGUAGAGCAUCCGCACGGAGGUGGUAACCACCAGCACAUUGGUCACCCCUCGACCAUAUCGAGGAUGGCUCCGCCAGGUCAGAAGGUCGGUCUUAUUGCAGCCAGGAGGACAGGUCUCCUUCGCGGCAGCAAGAAGAAGAAGUUCAACAAGGAUACAUAA